UCCGCCGGCGGGAUUAUCAAUCAACCACCAAUUGACAAGAUUCCCCGCAGACAAUAAUAUAUAAGAAGAAUGGAAUAUAAAUACAAUAGCUUGAACAUUGCACAAUUCUUUGUUACUCUCUACCUUCCUUUUAUUCCUCUCGAAAUACCAAACUCGAUCAGUUUUAUUUAAUGUCCUCCACGCUCUCCCGCGCCCGGCAACUCUUCUCAUACUUCAGCAGCAGUAUAAAGCCUCCUACGUCACCGAUAUCAUCAGCAACAGUAGCAGCAGCAGCAACAUCACCACCAACCACAAGAAACAUGGCGACCGGUAAUGACCAGCCAAUCACCCAGUGGACGAGCCUAUUGGAUCCAACCGGGGAAUUCAAGCGCGGCCAAUCUGCUUUCCGCAAUUGGAUCUCCAGGGAGCCCGGGGCGCGAUUCCCGCCUGAGAAGGGCCGGUAUCAUCUUUAUGUCUCGUACGCGUGUCCGUGGGCCCACCGGACCCUCAUCACUCGCAAACUCAAGGGGUUGGAGGACAUAAUCUCCUUCACUUCCGUGCAUUGGCAUAUGGGAGAGCUGGGAUGGCGGUUCGCAACCGCUGAGGAAAAUCUUCCCGGGGAGAAUUCGGGACCAGACCCCCAUCAUCCGGGCUUUAAACAUCUCCGGCAGAUUUAUUUUGAUGUCGAUCCGGAGUACAAGGGAAGGUUUACUGUGCCGACGUUGUAUGAUACGAAGACGAAGACGAUUGUUAGCAAUGAGAGCUCUGAAAUUAUUCGCAUGUUAUACACUGAGUUCGACGAUUUGCUGCCGGAGAAGUACAAGAACGUUGAUCUGUUCCCGGAGCACCUGCGGAAGGACAUCGAAGAGACUAAUGAAUGGACGUAUAACAACGUGAACAACGGGGUUUAUAAGUGCGGGUUUGCAACGAAACAAGAAGCGUACGAAAAUGCAAUAGUCCCCCUCUUCGCCAGCCUCGACCGCAUCGAAUCACACCUCCAAUCCAGAAUCGCCGCCAACGCUUCCAAAAACACUCCCACCUACUACUUCGGUGACACCAUCACGGAGGCCGACAUUCGCCUAUACACCACCAUCGUCCGCUUCGAUCCUGUCUAUGUGCAGCAUUUCAAGGCGAACAUCCGCGACAUUCGCUCCGGAUACCCGGCCAUCCACCACUGGCUACGCCAGCUAUAUUGGGAUGUCCCGGCUUUUGGGGAAACGACGCAGUUUGAACAUAUCAAGAAGCAUUAUACGACAAGCCAUACGCAGAUUAAUCCAUUUGGGAUUACGCCUGUGGGGCCGCUGCCGGAUAUAUUGCCGAAGGAUAAGGAGGUGGCGGCCGUGGCUGCAACGAGACAGUAAAUUGUCAAAGGUUCUACUUCUCUUUCGCGCUUUGUGCCUUUACAUUCACUUAUUUAUCUUGUCUCUCUAUUUAUUAUCUGUCUAUUUAUCUCUCUAUUUAUUAUAGAAAAACCAACUUUUCCAUGCAAAAAACGCUGUAACGUGACAUCCAUCAAAAAUAUGUAGUGGCGCCGGCCCAGUGGCAUUGUCCUAGCAAUUGCUCCUACCCUACCACCCCUACCCCCUCUACCACUUCCACUACCUCUACCCGUCUCUUACUACCCUCUACCACAUCUAUCACCAUCAUCAGAUUAAUCAUACAGGCCACAGAGCCAGCUAUUCAAUCUCAUGAAUUCAAAGAAAUGCACAUGACAUCACAUGAGAUCAUAUUACAGUGUUUUUUGUAUGAAAAGGUUGAUUUUUCUAUAAUAAAGAGAGAGAUAUGUAAUAUAAUGUAGCUAGCUUCUCUAAUCUUUCUAUUUAUUAUAGAAAAAUCAACUUUUUCAUAAUCUCAUCAAAAAUAUUUGCUCAGCUCAGCUCUGCUCUCAGCUUAUACAGCUCAGAUCAAUCUUCAAAUCUUCAUUCUUUUAUUCAUUCUGUUUUUUUCAUAUAUUCUCUACAGUAUUUACAUUUUUUAUACUCUUCUCUAUAUUCAUUUUUGAUCUCAGUGUUCAUGACAUGCACUGCUAAAUGCUCCGUAACAUGAUCUCAUGUGAUGUUAUGUGCAUCUCUUUGAAUUCAUGAAUGAGAUUGAACAGCCAGCUCUGUGACCUGUACAGCUCUGAUUAAUCUGAUAAUGAUGAUAGGGGUGAUACAGGGUGGAAGAGGGUG